AUGUUGCGCUUCCUUGACGCCGUGUCUUCUUCCAGGGUCCUUGAUCCAAGCUCAGCUUUGUUUCAGCCGAGACCUUCAGAAGAAAAGUGUUGGUGCGUUCCCACAGAGCUCGCGCGACGCGUUAAUGGAAAAAGUGCCACUUGUCUAGCUUUCCAAAAAAUUAAACUUCUUUUUGUUCUUCUGAACCGACGCUCAGGCCGAGCAGCAGAGCCAGGUCGGAAGAGCCGUAAGGGCGACUCAUGCUUGCAUUCCAAGCAGUGCGUGGUUAACUGGUACAAGCAGGAGCAAGCGUGCAAGCACAUCAUCGCCGGGGGCUCCCGACGUACGAAGUGUGGCAUAUACAUUGAAAAAAACUUGCGGCAAGUAUUCCGAUGUCGUGUGAACCAGAUCCCGUGA